AAAUAGGUAAUUUUUGUUUUUCGCACUCAACUUAUUACCACUGAUUAAGACACAUAUCAUUUUAAUACGUUUCAAUACAACGACUUAGAACUGGUUGAAUAAAUGUUUUAUAACUCAGACUAGGUUAACGUUUUCGGAAAAAAUCAAAACAAAUAGGCCUUUGUAAAACAACCAUCAAUUUAUUGAAAACACUUGAACAAUCUACAAUUUAUUUUUUAUUGAAUUAGAUAUGUAGUUUUUUUUCCAAGUGGAUCUAUAUAGUAUUCUGUAUUUGACAAUAAUUACUCAUUAAAUUCAUUUCGUAUUUUAAGACAAUUUUUGAAAGUAUUUCGCCAAUUCCUGAUUUACACUAUUGUUGUUAUUUAUGUUGUACGAUGCAUGUGCGUGUACAAAGACACUUCUUGAAAACAAUUUCACAUACUUACACGCUUCACGUUUAUUGGCUCUGUAUUUUGUACAAACUAUACGUUGUGAACGUGUAUCAUAUUAGUUAUUUUAGUUAUAAAAACGCUGGCUGUAAAUCAGGGAAUGUCCGGCUCAUGGACAUACUGCAUGAAGGACGACGAGAGGACAUAUUCUUGCGGCGGACUGUCGGACCAGGACACCGGGCGGCCACCAAGCCACCCCUGCGGGGGUUCUUGUUGGGCCUUGACGACGGUGCGAGGUGCACUACAACAAGCGGCCGACCCGAGCCAGCAGUACUCUUGGCGGAGCGAGAGGAGGAUGCUCUGGUGCUCAACGGCGGUUACUGCAGUGGCAUACAGCGGCGACAGCAGCCUGCACGGGAUCAGCAUCCGUCAAGUAGAGGACGAGUCUAGAAAUCCGCCUUUGCCGGAGGACCACCACACCACCAUGGAAAUGCUGCCCGCGUCCGUGAAACCGACCCGCCAGUGUUCGUUCUGGGGGCAGGCAGGCUGUCGGCCGGGCGGCUCGGACUAGAAAGCUUCUGGCUGCAGAUCGAGGUGUGCGGGCCGUGCGUGCCGGACCCGCGGAGAUGGUGACACGAGGAAGAGGAGGAAGAACUUUUGGAGGUGACAAUGAAACUGAUCGAAUGGGGUAAGAAGUUUGACGGCGACGGCAGUUCCGAGAAGUGCGAUAAGGGUUCGAAAAUUCCGGCGAGCAUAUAUCAAUAAUUGGAAGCUCG